AUGAGGACAGUUUUUGAGGAGCUGGACCCAUUCAGGGACUUGGCGUAUGAUGAGUGUCUAGACGAAGAAAAGACUGAAGACCCUGAACUGGUAGAUGAAUCAAACUCUGGCGUCAAGUAUCAGCAGGAGCUGCUACAGAUAUCUUCCGAUGAUCUUCGUGAUCCAUUCUGCAAUCCAAAUGGAGGGGAUGUCAUUGUGCAGAGGGCCAUGCGGCAGUUUGUGCUCACGAAGCCCAGCUGGAAACAGAUCCAGCUGGCCAACACUCUCCUCCCCAGAGUCUCUUCCGGAGUUCCUCUCCCUGAUCCAACCCGGCCGAUCUUUAUCAAUGCCGCACUAUUCCGCUUGCGGCGCCACCUCUUGGAAGGUUCCGCAGACGAGUUCAGCCGGUUGUGCCUUUUAAAGAGUGCCCUGCAAGCUCAAGAGAAGGUAUACGCUUGUAGGGGACUGCAUGCCAAAGUGGGACUGGGUAAAAGAGGAGGACAAAUCAGUGAAGAACCGCGUCUGAGACCUGGGAGGGGCAGGCAGGGAACAUGCCAAGCCCAACUGGAUGGCCACACUAGUACUAACAAUGGGGACGAUUUUGCGGUGGAUGACGAGGAAGACGGUGAGGAUGUCUAUCUUACAAUGAAACAUCGUCGUCGGACAUCGACAUAUCCAAGCGUCGCCGGCGUCCGCGAACAGCUCAAGACCGAAAAAGGAGUCAAGCGACUCCAGCGAUUCGUGAACAUCGUUCAUCCAGUAUGUUGA